AUGCUUCUUCCGCUGAUCAUGCUAGCGCUGUCCGUGCCUGGACGGCCGCCGGCGGCGGCUGCGGCGGCGGCAGCGAUGGCGAUGCAGCCGAGCGAGGCGUGCCUGCGGCGGUGCGGCGACAUCGAGAUCCCGUACCCGUUCGGCGUCGGCAGCGGGUGCCACCUCGAGACGGGGGACUGGACGUUCGUGCUGAGCUGCAACCGGAGCGCGGACGGGCGGCUCCGGCUGUACAACUACCAGAUCGAGGUGGUGGACAUGUCGGUGCGGCGCGGGCAGCUGCGCAUCUACAGCGUCAUCAACCCGUGGUGCUACAACGCCAGCACGGCGGCCAUGAACGGCCAGAACAACUGGUGGUACGACAUGUCCAUCACCAACUUCCGCAUCAACGACGCGCUGAACCGGUUCACCGUCGUCGGCUGCAACUCCCUCGCCUACAUCCUCUCGCUCAACGACACCGCAGGCGCCGAGCGGUACAUGACGGGGUGCAUGGCCAUGUGCCCCGGCGUGGGGCGGCUGGAGAACGGCUCCUGCGCCGGCGUCGGGUGCUGCCAGACGGCCAUCCCCGGCGGCCUCAACGGGUACCAGGUCUCCUUCGAGGAGAAGUUCAACACCUCCGGGAUCGCCGGCUUCAGCCCGUGCAGCUACGCCCUGCUGGUCGAGGCCUCGGCAUUCGACUUCCGCACCGCGUACGUCACCUCCGACGAGCUCAUGACGGCCAACGGCGGCCAGCUGCCGCUGGUGCUCGACUGGGCCAUCGGCAACAAGACGUGCGCGGAGGCCCAGCGGGACGCGUCGGCCUACGCCUGCGUCAGCGCCAACAGCGAGUGCGUCGACUCCAAGUACGGCCGUGGCCGCGGCUACCUCUGCAACUGCUCCGCCGGCUACGACGGCAACCCCUACCUCCUCGACGGAUGCCAAGAUGUCAACGAGUGCGACGACACAAGGUUCAGGUACCCGUGCUCUGUUCCAGGCACCUGUGUCAACACUGCCGGAGGGUUCAUCUGCGCCUGCCCCGACAAGACGACGGGCAACGCGUACAACGGGACGUGCGGCGGCAACAAAUCCCAACUCGGAUGGAAGAUCGCCAUUGGGGUCAGCACAGGUGUUGUGGUACUGAUGGUGACGGCGUCGUGCGUGUACAUGAUCCACGAGAGGAGGAGGCUGGCCAAGAUCAGGAGGGAGCACUUCAGGCAGCACGGGGGGCUGGCGCUGUUCGAGGAGAUGAAGUCGAGGCAGGGGCUGUCCUUCGCGGUGUUCACCCAGGAGGAGCUGGAGCAGGCGACGAACAGGUUCGACGAGCGCAACGUGAUCGGGAAGGGCGGGAACGGGACGGUGUACAGGGGCACCAUCGCCAAGGACAACGCCGUGGUCGCCAUCAAGCGGUGCCGGCUGGCCAGCGAGCGGCAGAAGAAGGAGUUCGGGAAGGAGAUGCUGAUCCUGUCGCAGAUCAACCACCGGAACAUCGUCAAGCUCUACGGCUGCUGCCUCGAGGUGGAGGUCCCCAUGCUGGUGUACAAGUACAUCCCCAACGGCACGCUGUACAGGCUCAUCCACGGCGGCGGCGGCGGGGCGGCGCCGGCGCGGCGCAUCCCGUUCGCGGCGCGGAUGAGGAUCGCGCACCAGACUGCCGAGGCGCUCGCGUACCUGCACUCCUGGGCGUCGCCGCCCAUCAUCCACGGCGACGUCAAGACGUCCAACAUACUGCUCGACGAGGACUACACGGCGAAGGUGUCCGACUUCGGGGCGUCGACGCUGGCGCCGACGGACGCGGCGCAGUUCGUCACCUUCGUGCAGGGCACCUGCGGCUACCUCGACCCGGAGUACAUGCGGACGUGCAGGCUCACCGACAAGAGCGACGUGUACAGCUUCGGCGUCGUCCUCCUCGAGCUCCUCACCUGCCGCAAGGCGCUCAGCCUCGAGGAGGAGCUGGAGGAGGAGAAGUACCUCUCGUCGCAGUUCCUCCUGGCCGUCGGGGAGAACCGCCUCGGCGACAUCCUGGACGCGCAGGCCAAGGACGAGCAGGGCAUGGAGCUGCUCGAGCAGGUCGCCGAGCUGGCGAAGCAGUGCCUGGAGAUCUCCGGCGAGAAGAGGCCGACGAUGCGGGAGGUCGCGGAAGAGCUCGACAGGCUGAGGAAGCUGUCGAUGCACCACCCAUGGGGGCAGCACAACUCCGAGGAGCUCGCGGCAUUGCUCGGUGGAUCGCCGAGCAUGGACUCCGAUCAGAUCGAACUUAGCACCAGCACGAGAAACAUUAGUUUCAGCGAUACGGCGUACAUAGGGAUUCGAUCACCACGUUGACGGCACAUUUUUGCGGAUAGAUAAUUGCGGUGUUUUCUCAGCCAUUAGAGCAAAUCCAGCAGCUCAGGAUCCCAUCGUCUAUAGUGAUAUGAAAAGAAAACCAGACUCCAAUAAAUCAUGCAUCUCAUUAUGCCAAAAUAGGUAGUAAUUCAAAUUGGAGAGAUGUCAUCUAAAUUUAGAUGUUCUCUCUGCUCAAUCUAUAUUUCGACAUCUAAUGACAAGGGAAAAGAGCAAUAUCAACAGUAGAUGGUUAUAAAAUAUUAAUCAA